UUUAAAUAAACAAGAAAUAGUCUAUGUUCCUGCGGGAACUUCAUAAUUUUCCAAGGAUACAGCUUUGACUUAUUGGGACAAAGAUUAAUUAAACUUAAGAGUACUUGAGAAGAAACGUUCUCGACAAGCUAAAUAUUUGGCAAACUAUAUAACAGGCUAACAACACGUAUUCCACUUCUACACAAAAUCAAACUCCAAAAAUUAGAAUGAAGAUGAUCAAAAUCAAUUGUCUAUCACCAUUUUCUCGGAAUGAAGUGUUUUCUAAUGAAGAACUCUUGAUACAGAUCUUGCUUCAUCUUCCAGUAAAAUCACUGGUCCGAUGCAAAUGCGUAUCCAAAAAAUGGAGUUCUCUAAUCACUAGGCCCGAAUUCACCCGCCUCAGAGUCCCCAGUUUCAACCCUGCCCGUGGCCUCUUUUUGCACUGCUCGUCUUUCUUGAUUAACCCUUUUCAUGAAUUUGUAUCCUUCACCCCCCGGGAACCAAUUUCAGCACCGUUCCACAAGCUCACUUUUGUAGACGACCCUUCUGGAAUUAGAAUUCUGCAAUCUUGCAAUGGACUUUUGCUAUGUUGCAGCUUUCGCGCUUAUGAACCUAACAUAAACUACUAUAUAUACAACCCAACGACCCAACAAUUCAUCGUACUUCCGAAAUCAGGAGGGAAAAGGCAAAUUUCCAAGGCUGUUCUAGGGAUGAAACUAGCGUUUGAUCCAAGGAAAUCGCCUAAUUACAAAGUGAAUUGCAUCCGAAUGUCUGAUGAAUUGUUUCUUAAUCAGCACUAUCAGAUUGAGAUUUAUUCAUCUGAAACUAAGAAAUGGAAACUCUCGGGUCCACCUUUUCUUGCUCGUUACGAUAUAGGAUUUAUGUAUAGUGGAGUUUAUUGGAAUGGUGCCAUUUAUUGGCCAUGUGGUGACAACUCGUUACGCUUUGUUGUGGAACGAGAAAAGCUUGAAAAUUUCCCCAUGCCUUGCAUUGGUCGUAGUUGGGAUGAUGAUGAGGAGAGCAGAGUUGCUUAUUACGGAGAGUCUUGUGGAUAUUUGCAUCUAGUCCAAGUGUAUAGCCGUCAGAAGCUCACGUUCUACAACAUUUACGAGAUGAAAAGCGAUGGUACAGAAUGGUUUUUGAAAUACGAAGUGAAUGUUGAAGACGUUGUCAAUGCUUUUCCUCAUAUGAUUCGCCAAUAUCUUGACCCAACAGAUUGGCAUUACUUAGCAAUGGUUGUGCUUUGUGUUGUUAGAGGGGAGAAAGAGGAGGAUGCCUUCAUGGUUUUGCACAUUCCCAAAAUGGUCAUACGCUAUAACUUGAGGGACUACACAUUUUACAAGCUAUGUGAAUUUGGAAAUACAAGUACUCAGGAUGACAAUUGUCAAUUUGAGGAGGAAGAUGAGGAUUAUGAGGCUUCAGUAACCCUUGUAUCCCUCGAAUUUGAUAGGUCAAGUGUUUUCCAAUAUAUUGAAUCUUUAUUUUCUCUGUGAUUCUAGUGUACUUUAAGAGGAAAUCUAGUUUGAAUUACAACCGAAA